AUGGCGUACAACGCCCACCCGGACCCUUACUACGGCCAUGGGAACAGCGGAUUGCACGACACUGGUGUCGCGCCUGGCCCUCCGCCCCCGCCUUCCGCUGGCUACGGUCACCCGCAACCUCACUCCAACUACCAACCAAACGGAUAUAACAAUGUUCAACAUACAUCACCCAACACGCCGUACUACGAGGAGAGCAAGAAGUCCUUCGACGGUCGCUCUUACAACUCGACCUACGCUGGUUCCCAGGUCCAUCUCAACCCUUCGGGCUACGAGCUUUCUGAAGUCGGCCUUGGUCCCCCGCCCGUGCCCUCCCUGAACUACGCGCAAAAUUAUCCGCCUGGCCAGCGACCGCUCAUCCAUCAGCAAAGCACCGGGUACUCGAUGGCUCGCGAGAAGAUGAUGAAGCGUCGUUCUGUUCGCCAGGUCCAGCUCCAGGAGGGAAACCUGGUGUUGGAUGUCCAGGUCCCGUCGCACAUCGUUCCGCGCGGGAUGACCGGCGAAGAGUUCACUAAGAUGCGCUACACUGCUGCAACUUGCGACCCCGACGACUUCAUGCGCAGCAAGUAUUCUCUGCGCCCUUAUCUCUACGGCCGUCAGACCGAGCUCUUCAUUGUCAUGACCAUGUACAAUGAGGACGAGGUUCUAUUCACUAGGACGAUGAACGCUGUGAUCAAGAAUGUUGCCCAUCUAUGCUCUCGCAACAAGUCCAAGAUGUGGGGCGCAGAAGGCUGGAAGAAGGUUGUCGUCUGCGUAGUCUCCGACGGUCGCAACAAGAUCAAUAAGCGGACCCUGCACGUUCUGUCUCUCAUGGGGUGCUACCAGGAGGGUAUCGCCAAGGAUACUGUCGGUAGCAAGGACGUCACGGCCCACAUCUUCGAGUACACUACCAACGUGAUCGUCUCGGCCUCUGGCGAGGUCUCCACCGGCUCUUGUCCCGUACAGAUUCUGUUCUGCUUGAAGGAGCAGAACAAGAAGAAGCUCAACUCGCAUCGCUGGUUCUUCAACGCAUUUGGCCCUCUCUUGAAGCCGAACGUUUGCAUUUUGCUCGAUGUUGGCACGAAGCCCACUGGCACCAGCAUCUACGAACUCUGGAAGUGCUUCGACAAGCACAAGAACGUCGGCGGCGCCUGUGGCGAGAUCUGUGUUGAGCCCGGUCGCGGCUGCAGCGAGAUUCUCAAGUCCCCUUUGGUCGCAUCUCAAAACUUCGAGUACAAGAUGUCGAAUAUCUUGGAUAAACCCCUGGAGUCAGUCUUCGGCUACAUCUCUGUGCUUCCCGGCGCCUUCUCCGCCUAUCGCUACCGCGCGUUGCAGAACGGGCCGAAUGGUGAAGGUCCGCUGCAGAAGUACUUUCUCGGCGAGACAAUGCACGGGGGAGGCUCCGACGGAGCUGGUCUUUUCGAGCGCAACAUGUACCUCGCCGAAGACCGUAUCUUGUGUUUCGAGAUCGUCACGAAGAAGCACGAGGGGUGGAUCCUGAAGUACGUCAAGAGCGCGAAGGCGGCGACGGACAUGCCCGCAUCGGUGCCCGAGUUCAUUUCGCAACGUCGUCGAUGGCUCAAUGGUUCUCUCUUCGCGAGUGUGCACGCCACAAUCAUGUUCUUCCGCAUCUGGACGUCCGGCCAGAACUUCUUCCGCAAGAUCGUUCUACAGAUCGAGUUCAUCUACAACGCCGUUCAACUCAUCUUCACCUGGACUUCCCUGGCCAACUUCUACCUUGCGUUCUUCUUCCUUGUCAGCUCGGCGACGGACGAGGCAGGCGAAGACGACGCGUUCAACUUCCUCAGCAAGGGCGCUGGGAAGAUCGUCUUCGAGGCGUUCCUCAAGCUCUACCUCGGCCUUCUCUUUCUCGUUACUGUUUGCUCGCUCGGCAACCGGCCACAAGGUUCAAAAUGGACAUACACGAUCGCUAUGAUACUCUUCGGCUUGUGUAACUGUGUCACGCUCUGGUGCGCAGGAUGGACCAUCUACCUUGCUUUACCACACACGGUCGCUGGCUGGGAGGACUUUCCCGAACUGGUCAAGACGAACAAGACUUUGCAGGAGCUCGUCAUCUCCAUCGCCGCGACAUACGGUCUAUACUUCUUUGCGAGCUUCCUCCACUUCGAGCCGUGGCACAUGUUCACCUGCUUCAUUCAAUACCUGUUCUUGCUCCCGUCUUACGUGAACAUUCUCAUGAUGUACGCGAUGUGCAACUUGCACAAUGUGUCCUGGGGUACCAAGGGUGACAAUGGUUCAACCAAAGACCUCGGCGGCGCGAAGAAGGUCAAGAACAGCGACGGCAAGGAAGUGCUCGAAGUCGAUUUGCCAACGCAGCGCGAAGACAUUGACCAGCUAUGGGGCGCCGCGCAAAGUGCCCUCCGUCAUCCGCCACCCAAGGAGAAGGAGCAUCGUGACGCUGCGACGAAGCAGGCCGAUCAUGACCGCAACAGCCGUACCAACGUCGUGCUGUCCUGGGUCGGCACCAACAUUGCACUCAUCGUCGUCUUCACCUCUUCUGGGUUCACAGACUUUGUGCAGAAGCACAUCCAGACAGACGCCAGCAGUAACUUCAACCCUUAUUUGAGCUUCCUGUUCAUCGCGCUCGCCGGUCUCUCGGCGGUCCGCUUCACCGGAUGUGUUCUCUACCUUCUAUUCCGCCUCUUUGGCCACUAA